CCCGCCUCCACUGUCGUCACGCCCACUGGUGGGGCUACGUUCCUCGUCCGACGCUAUUCCCGAAAGCUAGUACGCUAAUUUUCAGCGGUGGUGCUGGACUAGGGAGCGGAGCCUGCCACACCAGCUCUCGACUCCGGCGCUUUUCGAGUUAACAGAAGUUUUUUUGGAAGUCUUCACCGCGCUCCUUUACUUGUCAGGCAUUGAGUGCGCAGGGGACGUUCAGGAUCCGAAGAUGUCUGCCCAAAUCAUACGCGGGAAAGAGGUUUCGGCGCAGGUGAGGGAGCGUCUGAAGAAGGAUGUGGAGCAGAUGAAGAUUCAGGACCCCAACUUCAGACCUGGUCUUGUGGUCCUACAGGUUGGAGACCGCGAUGAUUCAAAUCUGUACAUCAGCAUGAAGUUGAAGGCAGCAGCAGAGAUUGGAAUAAAUGCCAGACAUAUGAGACUUCCCAAGACGGCAACGGAGGAGGAGGUUCUUCACAGCAUCGCAGAGGUGAACGAAAACUCCUCUGUCCACGGCCUCAUCGUGCAGCUGCCCUUGGACUCGAUCCACAAGAUCGACACAGAGAAGGUCACCAACGCCGUGGCCCCAGAGAAGGAUGUAGAUGGGCUAACCAGCAUAAAUGCAGGGAAGCUGUCUCGCGGGGACCUGGGCGAGUGCUUCAUUCCCUGCACACCAAAUGGCUGCAUGGAGUUGAUCAGACAGACUGGUGUGUCUCUGGCAGGGAAGAGAGCGGUAGUGAUUGGUCGCAGUAAGAUUGUGGGUGCGCCGAUGCACGACCUGCUGCUGUGGAGCCACGCCACCGUCACCACCUGCCACUCUAAAACUGCUGAUCUCGCUGGAGAGGUGGGUCAGGCAGACAUCCUGGUUGUCGGCAUCGGGAAAGCAGAGCUGGUGAAAGGAGAGUGGAUCAAGAAGGGAGCGGUGGUCAUUGACUGUGGCAUCAACCACAUUCCAGAUGAGACUAAACCCAGCGGGAAGCGGGUGGUGGGCGAUGUCCACUACGCCUCAGCUAAAGAGCAGGCUGGCUUCAUCACCCCUGUGCCUGGUGGUGUAGGACCCAUGACUGUGGCCAUGCUGAUGGCGAACACAGUGCUGAGUGCAAAGCGCUUCCUGGAGGUACAUCAGCCAGGGAAGUGGAGCAUUUCUUACACCAAACUCAACCUACAGAAGCCCGUGCCAAGUGACAUUGUGAUCUCUCGCUCCUGUGUGCCCAAGCACGUGGACCAUCUAGCAAGAGAGGUGGGUCUGCUCUCUGAUGAGGUGGAACUCUAUGGCAAGACUAAGGCCAAGGUCCAGCUGAAUAUCAUCGAACGCCUGCAGACCCAGCCAGAUGGCAAAUAUGUGGUGGUCACUGGCAUUACACCCACUCCUCUGGGUGAGGGAAAGAGCACCACCACCAUUGGCCUGGUGCAGGCCCUGGGAGCCCACAUGAACCUCAAUGUGUUUGCAUGUGUCCGACAACCUUCUCAGGGACCCACCUUUGGCAUUAAAGGUGGUGCUGCAGGAGGUGGAUAUUCUCAAGUCAUUCCAAUGGAAGAGUUCAACCUUCAUCUCACUGGUGACAUUCACGCCAUCACAGCUGCCAACAACUUGGUGGCUGCUGCCAUUGAUGCCCGCAUGUUCCACGAGUCAACACAAUCUGACAAGGCUCUGUACAACCGCUUGGUCCCGCUCAGUGGAGGACAGAGGAAGUUCUCCCCCAUCCAGAUCAACAGAUUGAAGAAACUGGGAAUAGAGAAGUCUGAUCCCUCCACUCUGACCGAAGAAGAGAUCACCCGCUUUGCGCGCCUGGACAUUGACCCAAGCUCUGUCACCUGGCAGAGAGUGUUGGAUACCAAUGAUCGAUUCCUGAGGAAGAUCACUAUCGGCCAGUCGCCUACUGAAAAGGGAUACACAAGAGAGGCCCAGUUUGACAUCACGGUGGCCAGUGAAAUCAUGGCGGUGCUGGCCCUCACCAGCAGCCUGGAGGACAUGCGCCAGCGUCUGGCCAAGAUGGUCGUGGCCACCAGCCGAAACGGACAGCCCAUCACCACAGAGGACCUGGGUGUGAGUGGUGCUCUAACUGUGCUAAUGAAAGAUGCAAUAAAACCAAACCUGAUGCAGACUUUGGAGGGAACCCCCGUGUUUGUCCACGCGGGCCCCUUUGCAAACAUCGCCCAUGGCAACUCUUCCAUCCUGGCUGAUAAAAUAGCUUUGAAGCUGGUUGGACCUGAGGGCUUUGUAGUGACCGAGGCUGGUUUUGGUGCUGACAUUGGCAUGGAGAAGUUCUUCAACAUCAAGUGCCGCUACUCAGGCCUGAGGCCGCAUGUGGUGGUGUUGGUGGCUACUGUACGAGCCCUGAAGAUGCACGGAGGAGGACCAACGGUUACUGCUGGGAUGCCACUGCCAAAGGAAUACGUGGAGGAGAACCUCAAGCUUCUGGAGAGUGGCUGCAGCAACAUGAAGAAGCAGAUCGAGAAUGCACAGCACUUCGGUGUGCCUGUGGUGGUGGCUGUGAAUGCUUUCAAGACUGACACCGAGGCUGAACUGGACUUGGUCUGCAGAAUGGCUAAAGCCGCCGGAGCCUUCGAUGCCGUGCGAUGCUCCCACUGGGCCCAGGGCGGUGCCGGUGCUGUGGCCCUGGGUCAGGCCGUCCAGAGGGCCUCUGGGGCCCCCAGCAACUUCAAGUUCCUCUAUGAUUUAGAGCUCCCUAUUGCUGAUAAGAUUCGAAUAAUUGCCCAGAAGAUCUACGGUGCAGAUGAUAUUGAGCUUCUCCCGGAGGCCCAACACAAGGUGGAGCUCUACACCAAACAGGGUUUCGGCAAUUUGCCAAUCUGCAUGGCAAAGACUCACCUGUCGCUCUCUCAUGAGGCAGACAAGAAGGGUGUGCCCACAGGGUUCAUCGUGCCAAUCAGAGACAUCCGAGCCAGUGUGGGCGCCGGCUUUCUGUUCCCACUGGUUGGCACGAUGCCCACGAUCCCUGGUCUGCCCACGAGGCCUUGUUUCUAUGACAUUGACCUGGACCCUGAGACUGAACAGGUCAACGGGCUCUUCUAAAACAGGACUGUACGAUGGUAAACAUUCGAAGACCAAAAUCAGUUAACACAAAAAAUGACUGCUUUGAAGCAAGUUUUCUCAGCAUCAGUCAACUGUUUCAGAUGCACCAGGAAACCUGGUGAGGAAGGCAACCACGAUGAAGGUGACCAUCAUCCAGUUACAUUCUUCAGCUGACACACCAGAGACUCUGUGGACCAAAACGCUGUCUGUGGCGCUUCAGCCACAGGAAUACAUCAGUGGAACAAUGCAGAGCGUAAGUCAGCGGUGGGAGAGAGGAAAGCAAUUACAAGCAAAACAUAGAAACUCUUCAAUCCACCCACUGUUUUUCCAGUCAAAAGCAAAAUCUUCAGGGCCAGAAAAUUUCCUGCAGCCAAAAGGAUUUUGGAGGCAGACACCUAAAAAGCCUGCUCCUUUCUUCUAAGAGCAUUUUGGAGAAACUAAGGAGGAAGGAUGUGAAGGAAAUCUAGCUGGAGAGAUUCAGAUGAUCCCACAAUCUUUGGAGGACUCCUGCCAUACUUAGAAUAACAGGUAGAGUCGGUAUCAUGGCCUUUCUCAAAAUUUGGACAAUUUACCCAAAGGACCAAACAUAAACACCCAGAAUGUCAUCUCAAAGAGAACUGAGUCAGCGCAUCCAGCAGAAAGGGACGAGAUCGGGCGUUAUGCAACAUUCAACAGUGACUCACUCUCUUUUCACCACAGUGCUGCUGCAGAAAAUAGCAUAGGCCCAGUGUGAAAGAAAAUACCAGCAGGCACUUUGAUGGAUGAUGUUUCUGUUAUGGAGAAUUUUACACUUGACGUGUCUGACGGUAGUUUUCAUGUAGGAUUUUGUUAGACCUCUGGACAGAGCCAGGUUAGCUGUUGCAUCCGUUUGUCUUCAUGCUAAACUAAGCUCACUGGCUGCUGGCUGUAGCUUCAUAACUGAUCGAUUGAUCGAUCGAUCUACAUUUAGUAUCAAACUUUUUGUUGUAGCCAAUUAACAGGUAAUUUAGUCACCAUUCGGUGUCAGUAUAAAAUCCUGCUUUUCAUUGCAUGUUAUUUCACCCGCUCAAUAUGUGCAUCCUAUGCAGAGGUUCUCCAAAUAUUCAUUUUGAUCCUGCUGUCAUGGCUGAAGUAUUCAUUUCAAACCCACAUCAUCACAUUCCUCAGUGAAACCCUGCCCUACAUAGGUAUCAGCCGACUGUGCAUGUUUACCAACUUCAGAUUAUAGAUUCUUUAGACCUGUUAAAUGAAGAACCUAAGACAUUGAACUAUAAAAGAUCACAUACAUCUGGUAUGGAUAAAUGUGUUAAUAUGGAGUCUGUA